AUGCCACCAGCCUUAUGCGCCAUCUGCAAGACAGAGCGCGCUCUCAUAAAGCGGCCCAAGAAUCACCAGAAACUCUGCAAGACCUGCUUCAUUCAGAUAUUUGAAGAUGAGACUCAUCACACAAUAACUUCCUCCAAGCUUUUCUUUCGUGGCGAGAAAGUAGCCAUAGGAGCUUCCGGAGGGAAAGAUUCCACAGUACUGGCAUCUGUGCUCAAGACGUUAAACGAACGACACGACUAUGGCCUGGACCUGGUUUUGUUGAGUAUAGACGAAGGUAUCAAAGGCUACCGGGAUGAUUCACUGGAGACGGUCAAGCGCAAUGCCCUACAGUACGAGAUGCCUUUAAAGAUUGUAGGAUAUGACGAGCUUUAUGGCUGGACCAUGGACCAGGUCGUGUCCACCAUAGGCAAGAAGGGGAACUGCACAUACUGUGGCGUUUUUAGAAGGCAGGCUCUUGACCGAGGAGCGAAAAUGCUGGGCAUCAAACAUGUUGUCACGGGCCACAAUGCAGAUGACGUAGCAGAGACUGUUUUGAUGAAUCUCCUGAGAGGAGACCUGUCACGUCUUUCCAGGAGUACGAGUAUUGUCACCGGUAACGACGCAAGUGAGGUGAAGAGGAGCAAACCAUUAAAAUACGCUUACGAGAAGGAGAUUGUGUUAUAUGCGCACCACAAGAAGCUUGAUUACUUCAGCACCGAGUGCAUAUACAGUCCAGAAGCUUUCCGAGGUAGUGCAAGGGCUCUCAUCAAGAAUCUCGAGAAAGUACGGCCAAGCUCAAUCUUAGAUGUCGUUCGAAGUGGAGAGGACAUGGCACGGCUCGUUCCAGGACAAACAACGGAUGCCUGUGGUUGCAAGAGCAAGCAAGUUGCAGAAGCUAAAGCAGCAGAGGAAGAAAGCGUUGGUGGCUGUGGCUCGGCAGACGGUCGGAGCGCAGGUGGCGCGAUGGCUGUCAUGGAGAAACAACUGCGAGAGAACGAAAAGGCUGUUGGUGAGGGUCUUGAGACCGAGGUGACCACCCCCAAAGCUACAGCUCAACGGCACGACCGGAAAAAGAAGGGCGAUCAUGCCGUAGUCGACAAUGGCAUCAGCGUUCCAAUUAGACCGAAGCAGACACUCGGAACGUGCGAGAGAUGUGGUUACAUGUCAAGCCAGAAGUUGUGCCAGGCAUGUAUGCUUCUGGAAGGCUUGAACAAGAACAGGCCUGAGAUUAGCAUAUAG